UUCAUUAGCGAGAAGGCAAGGACAGUUGGGAUCAGGACUGGUGAAACCACAGAAACAGAUUUGAAGUUGGGUGAGAGUGACUGGCCUGGGCCAAGCUGGGAGAUUUUUUUUACCUAGAGGAAAUACCUCUCUUGCUAACUUUUUCUUAGGACGGAGGGAAAGGUGACUGCUUUCUAUUCUCCUGUGUGCGUCUAAAUAGAGCUCUCUUAAUUGUAUUUCAUUCGUUGUUGUUGUUGUGGGAUUGUGAAGCAGGCAGGAAGAAGAGCAGCUGCCCCUAGUCCCGACUGGCUUUUGCCCUGGGGCUGGAACUGAGGGCCAGAACGCCAGAAAGCCAGGUGCUGAGUCUCUCCAGGCGAGAACAGAAUUCAGACUCUUAUGAAACCGGACUCUUCACACUCUCCAAAGUAUGGUGAGCUGGUGCUGAUCCAGUGAAUCUGCAGACGCCCAGAGCAAGAAGCCCCUUUCUCCCUCCUCCCACUGGGGCGCCAUGGGCAACAUCUGUUUGAGGCUCUGGGCAUACCUGCAGCCCUGUCUCCCUUGCUUGUCCCAAGAGGCUGACAAGUCGGUGGUGAUUGCGAACCCAGUGGCCCACUAUCCCCCUGAAGCCCCCGUGUCACAGAAACAGACUCCAGAGAGAAGCCAUGGCCACUACUUUGUGGCUCUGUUUGAUUACCAUGCCCGAACGGCAGAGGACCUAAGUUUCCACGCAGGCGACAAACUCCAAGUCCUGGACACUUCUCAUGAGGGCUGGUGGUUGGCCAGACACUUGGAGAAAAGGGGAGAUGGCUUUGGCCAGCAACUGCAGGGCUACAUUCCUUCUAACUACGUGGCUGAGGACAGGAGCCUCCAAGCAGAGCCGUGGUUCUUUGGAGCAAUCAAAAGAACAGAUGCAGAAAAGCAACUAUUAUAUUCAGAAAACCGUACAGGUGCCUUCCUAAUCAGAGAAAGUGAAAGCCAGACAGGAGAUUUCUCCCUCUCAGUUUUAGAUGAAGGAGUUGUGAAACACUACAGAAUCAGAAGACUGGAUGAAGGGGGCUUUUUCCUUACCCGAAGACAAACUUUCUCCACACUGAAUGAAUUUGUAAACUACUACAGCAAUCAAAGUGAUGGCCUGUGUGUCAGACUGGGUAGACCAUGCUUAAAGAUACAGGUCCCAACUCCUUUUGAUUUGUCCUAUAAAACGGCAGACCAGUGGGAGAUAGACCGCAAUUCUGUACAGCUCCUGAAGCGACUGGGAUCCGGCCAGUUCGGAGAAGUGUGGGAAGGCCUGUGGAACAAUACCACUCCAGUUGCCGUCAAAACGUUAAAACCAGGUUCAAUGGAUCCAAAUGACUUCCUGAGGGAGGCGCAGAUAAUGAAGAGCCUAAGACAUCCAAAGCUUAUCCAGCUUUAUGCUGUUUGCACUUUAGAAGAUCCAAUUUAUAUUAUUACCGAGUUGAUGAGACAUGGAAGUCUGCAGGAAUACCUCCAGAAUGAUGCUGGGACAAAAAUCCAUUUGCCUCAACAGGUAGACAUGGCGGCCCAGGUUGCUUCGGGGAUGGCCUAUUUGGAGUCUCAGAACUAUAUCCACAGAGAUCUUGCUGCCAGAAAUGUCCUCGUUGGUGAACAUAAUAUCUACAAAGUAGCAGAUUUUGGACUUGCAAGAGUUUUUAAGGUAGAUAAUGAAGACAUCUAUGAAUCUAAACAUGAAAUCAAGCUGCCAGUGAAGUGGACUGCCCCUGAAGCCAUUCGUACUAAUAAAUUCAGCAUUAAGUCCGAUGUGUGGUCAUUUGGAAUCCUGCUUUAUGAAAUCAUUACUUAUGGCAAAAUGCCUUAUAGUGGUAUGACAGGUGCUCAAGUAAUCCAGAUGUUGGGUCACAACUACAGACUCCCACAACCAGCUAGUUGUCCACAACAAUUCUAUAGUAUCAUGUUGGAGUGCUGGAAUUCAGAGCCUAAAGAAAGACCUACCUUUGAGACACUGCAUUGGAAACUUGAGGACUAUUUUGAAACAGACUCUUCAUAUUCUGAUACAAAUAACUUCAUAAGAUGAACAUUGAUGGAAGCAAAAAAAAAUCAAAUAAUCAGUCCAGAGACACAAUGUUAUCAGCCAAUCACAAUACCCAUUUAUCUUGACAUAUGUGGGUAAAAGGACAAAUUUGGCCAUGUAUUUCACAAAAGAUUAUAUGUAUAUUUUAUUGACUGGGAAACACUACAGAGCAGUAGAAGGUGGUUUAUCAUUUUCUCAAACUGCCUGGCAAAAUCUAACACACUUAAUGAGGUUAUUUUUCUUCUUAAAAGAUCCUUACAUUUCUAUUUAUUGUUUGAAAUGCCGAUCAAGAGAAUCAACAGAUGAUAGUCAAUUUUUACGUGGUGACUGUUGUAGCAUUUUCCUGUUUACUGAUUAGAGUGGUUAUUCAUUAUUCCUCAGAUUGCUGAAUCCCAUCAAGCUGUUAUUAUGAAGGAAUUUGAUUGCAUUGCUGCACAGCAGGACCUGUGCUUUGAGAUUUUUUUCCCCUCUCUUUUAAAAUAUCCUGUAACUACAAUGAUGGGAAAGCCAUGUUAAAUGA